AUGAAUAUAAGUACUGAAUGCUGUUUCUCGCUAUCGCCUCUAUUUUCAUUUCGAUAACUAAAUAAAUUUUAUAUUUAUUCAGGAGACAAGAAGAGCAUGCUUAAUGGAUUAAUGCAAGAUGACUCGAAAGAGCGAUUAAACAACAUGCACAAAGGAAUAUUUCUUUCGAAACUUCGUCAGCAGCAGGCAAAGCUGAUUCGAAUGAACUACCACGCCAUGAUGUACCCGAUGAACAAGCCCUUGCUUCCGUUCGAUGAAGCACAGUCACUACGAAAGAACGUUGUAGCCAAUGUUUGCACCUUAUUUGAAGAAAAUGCAUACGGGGCCAAGCCCCCGAUCCCCGGACAUCUCCUCGUUGAUGACAAUCACCAUCUCAUCUUUUGUCAGAUUCGCAAAGUUGCCUCCAUUACUUGGCGUCAAGUCCUUGAUGAAGCAGCCAAUAAGAAAGGCAGUCACAAGAUUCAACGACUGAGCACGUACACAGCAACAGAGAGAAAUUACAGACUUAAACAUUAUACUAAGAUCAUGUUCGUGCGUGAACCCAUUCUCCGGGUGGUCUCCGGUUGGUUCGACAAGUUCGUCAGAACAAACGACCGAGAUCACCUAAACUAUUUGAUGCGCUAUGGAUGUGACAUCGCCCGUCUCGCAGGUCGGAACGUCAGCGACAUCGAGCUCUGCAGACACGAUCACGUCGACGAGGGCGAACUCACAGGAACGGACUUGCUUUCACGACUGAGAGAAGGUCGGAGGCUGAGGAUAUCUUUCGAGGACUUUUCGCGGUUCCUGAUCAACGGACCGGUAGCUAUCAAGAACGAUAUGCAUUGGGAGACUUACCACUCUCGCUGUCAGCCGUGUCAGGUAAGUUUUCACUCGUGGGCCCCGUAACAAAAAGGUUAGCGUUAAUUGCUCAGUGAAACGGCCUGUCAAGA